CGCACAUAAAGCACUGCAGCUCUGCCGUGUGUUGCAUUACGCAAGCGGCUCAUAAUCAGCAGUGGAGCUGCAGCAGCGAGAGCGCAAUGACAAGCGGCUUACGGAGGACAAACACACAGCAGCGCUGCAUGAGAGUCAGUGUAACUCCCUCCCUCCCUCUCUCUCUCUCUGUCCCUCUCUCUCUCUCUGUCCCUGAGCGAGCAGCCUGCGUUUGGCUGCUGAAGCGCAGGAGAGUCUCUGGAGUCGCCAAGGACCAGCGGACAUGAGCGACUGACAUUCACACUUUCUGUGUGAUUUUUAACCUCGGUCUUCGAUGGCUUUGAAGGAGAGUUGCCUCACCUGGGGCUUCCUGCUGUGGUCUAUGACGUGGAACUCGGCUCGGACUUUUACGCCAGAUGAAGGGUCUUCGGUCAGUCCCAUAUUUCAUCGCACCACUGCCACCGAGACACUGAUAAACAGCACUGAGGCCCCUACAAACAACUACACAGGCCUGAGCUGUACGUCACUGCUUCCCCCUCGGCGAGGUUCUUUCUAUGUAGAGAAGGGCACUGGGAUGUCCGUGGGCACGGUGUUGGCAUUCUGGUGCCUCGAGGGAUACCAGCUGGUGGGCAGCGAGAAGAUCACCUGUGUCUUGCGUAGCGACACCGCUCAGUGGAGCAACUACCCGCCCGACUGCGAGGCCAUUCCCAGACCGGAGGACCGCGGGCUGAGAGUGGCCGUGCUGGCAUCGGUAGUGAGCAGCAUCGUCAUCCUCGCCAUGUCCGUGUCCUUCAUCAUCUGCUGCCUGCAGGAGCGCAUGAGCAAAGAGAGGACUGAACGGACAGACGGACGGGGCAGAAUGAGAGACAAGCGCAAAUCCUCCUGGAGAAGCGAGUGUUGGCUGGAGAGAGAUGAAGGAGACUGGGAAGCUUUUCCUCCACCUAAAAUUUACAACCUUUCCCAGCACCUUGACCCCCAUCUGACCCCUGAGAGCCCGGUCUAUAUGGGCGGACUGGCUGGUUACGAUAACCGCGGGUAUCAGAGGAGUCAGGAAAACCUCCUAAAAGCUCCUCUUCCUGGUCUUUACCGUACGGAAAGUCAGAUGUACCCACAUGUGGUCCUGCAGAGGGUUCCCACACCCACAGUGCCGACUGCACCCAGCGCGCCCGUCUACCUCCACCUCUCCACCCCUUCGCCCACAGAAAGCCCCAUCGAGCAGCCCGCUCUGCCGCUGUACCCCAGCGCCACUCCACAGCGUCUGUGGCCAUAGAAACACAGUUUUAUUCAGAACUUUUACAACUGUCGCCAUAGCGACGGAUUACAGCCUCUACGUGCAAACGGCUCCAGGGGUUCAGAAAACCAAGAGAAAUGAUGGACUCAAGCUAGAGCCAACUAGAUCACCACACACCGCUAGAUCUAGAUACUGGAGCAGGUUUGAGUCCAAAUGUAGUUCAAUUUAGUAUGUUGCAUAUAUGAGAAGUUUUCUGAAUGACUCUAAGGAGGCGGGCUGAGUAGUUUCUCGGAGAGUAAAGUUAUAUUAGGAGAGGUGAGGACUCCAUACUGGUACUGUGAUCCGCUCCAGGGUUUAUUUUUUGUCAGUUAGUACUUUAUAUGUUCGUGGGAAAGGUGACUACUUGCACUUAUAAAAAAAAUGAAAAAUGCAACUGUGUCAGGUCACAUUAGAGCAUCAAUUUAAUAUUUCUAUGUUUUUUGUAUUAUGGAAGUGUAGGAGAAUUACACUGAUGUCCACAUUACGGACGUACAUUGGGAUCUCAAAAACCUAUGGUACUUAAAACUUGAUUUUGUUUAUAACAAAUAAAAAGAUUAAAAUCAUUGUA